GAAAAUCCUUCUUCUUCCAUCACUCUGUCUGCGGCUUCACUGCAGAGAACAACGAGACGGCACUGCGGCGAUGCUCCCGGAAGUGAACGAUGAAGCGAACGGCGACGGUCGCCGCUCAUCCCUCCGUUGAAUUUCCGUACAUCCACCAUCGCCACAGCCUCCCUAUGCCGGAACACCGUGACCGGUAGGGGCAGCCACACCUAGGAGCUCUGACAAGACGGCCGCCGCCGCCGCCGCCACCGGUUUUCGGCAAACGAAAACUGUUAAGGCACCACCACCGUCACCGGCAACCAUCCGGAAGGUGUCCUGAAAUACAACAGGUGCUACUCAGUUACGGGACUCUUUUGAGUAUUUUGAUUUUUGUUGUAGCUGCUUGGGUAGAGAAUGGAUAGGGAAGUGGGGUUGGAGCUUUCUAAUGAAGAAAAUCUUAUCCAACCAUUACUUAUUGCUUCAAAGUCUCCUACCAUAGAAAAGGCUCUAGAGCAGCUUAUUGACAUUGCCAAGACUGCAGAAGGUCGUUUGGACCUUGCUUCCCAAAAUAUUGUUUCCCAUCUCCUGCAACUAUGCUCAUCUAUCCCAUAUCCUGCUGGUUGCUACAUCCUUUUGCCGGCUUUGAAGUUACUUAGAAACCUAUGUGCAGGAGAAAUAAGAAAUCAGAAUGCUUUUCUUCUACAAAAUGGAGCUGAAGUUGUCUUGACUAUUAUUAGAUCUGUUGGAUUUGCUUCUGAUUAUAAUGACGAGAUUGUUCGAAUGGGGCUGCAACUUCUGGCUAAUUUUGUAUUGGCUGGUGGAGAACAUCAGCGUGCUGUUUGGUGCCAAUUCUUUCCACAUGGAUUCUUGAAUAUUGCUAGAGUAAGAAGUAGGGAAAGCUGUGAUCCCUUAUGUAUGGUUAUUUACACAUGUUGUGAGGGUGAUGAUGGGCUAUUAGCUGAUUUAUGUAAUGAGCAAGGGUUGGCAGUUGUCAUUGAAAUUAUACAGACUGCGUCCAUUGUUGAUCCCAUAGAAAAAUGGUUCAAGUUGCUUAUAUCAAGAAUUUGCAUUGAAGAGUCCUACAUUGCAUCAGUUUUCUUCAAGUUAGGUCCAGAUUGUGGUGUCGAAAGUGGGCAUUUUGUUGCUGAACAAGCAUAUAUUUUGAGCAUCCUUUCAGAGAUACUGAACGAAAGAAUAGAGGGUAUAAUUGUAAACCCUGAUUUCGCCCUGUGCAUUCUUGGGAUACUGAGAAGUGCUGGCGGGGUUGUUGAUUUUUCCACUAGAGGGGAAACUGGUCUACCAACUGGCAAUGCUGUCAUUGAUGUUCUAGGGUACUCAUUGACCAUUUUGAGAGACAUUUGUGCCUGUGAUCAUCUCACUGGAGGUUCAGAUGAUAUUGUGGGCAUGCUAGUUUCAUCAGGACUAAUUGAAUCGCUGCUCGCUUUCCUUUCCAACCUUGAACCUCCAGCAACAAUUCAGAAAGCAAUGGACCGAGGGGAGACCACGUCUUCUCCAAUUGCACGGUGCCCUUACAAAGGCUUCCGGAGAGACAUUGUUGCUGUCAUCGGAAACUGUGCAUACCGGAGAAAGCAGGUGCAGGAUGAAAUCAGAACGAAAAAUGGUAUUAUUCUGUUACUACAACAGUGUGUUACUGAUGAAGAUAAUCCGUUCCUGAGGGAAUGGGGCAUCUGGGCUGCAAGGAAUCUACUGGAAGGAAAUACAGAAAACCAAAAUGUAGUAACAGAUUUGGAGCUUCAAAGAAGUGUAGAUGUUCCUGAACUUGCUAGGCUUGGUCUCCGAGUAGAUAUAGACCCUACAACUCAUCGAGCAAAGCUUGUUAACAUACCCCACUCUGAGUAGUAGACUCAUGGUGAUGGACAUCAUUUCUGGUUAACAACAGAUUUUUUUCCUUUUUCAUAUGACAUGAUUUGAUGUCAUUAACGCACGCUAGAGAUUCCUUGUCUCAUGUCAUGUUGAUGAAAUAUUUGGUCUAGAUAACUUAUUUACACAUGUAAUUAACAGUAAUCUGGUAGUGAUAGUCUGAUAGAUGUUAAGGCAGUCCAAUUACUUGGUCAGUCUUGCUUUCAUUGUUUUGGUGUAGUAUGUAAAUAAGAAAACUACAAUUUCAAAAAAAAAAUGCUGAUUUCA